AUGGCGACACAAACCGUGUCCCUCAUCAAGUUCAAAAGCAAGUUGACGAGCAUAUUCUUCACGAAAGAUGCGCCGAUUGAAGUUCAUUCCGAAGAGUACGACAACUUCUGGAAGUUCCUGGUGAAGUUCGAGAAACGAGUCAAAGAUCGAACAGAAUCAUCAGGUGAGGAAGCAGGACAGGGUGAUCGAAGUAGAGUAUUUGGCCCGGUGCCUUGUUGGGAUAAAUCGACUUCGGAUUUAUUGCACCGGAUCGUCAUCGACCAAGAUGAAAAAUGGGUACUGACCGAGCGGGACAUCGAAAUAACUCGGGACGCUCUGCUAACAUAUGUAGCGUUUCUGAGGAAACAAGAAGAGAGACGUCGCGAAAAACUCAAGCAUUUCCAAGAAGGCUUACCUAUCGCUCAAUACCGACAGACCUUAGUCGCUUCAUUGAAGACAAACCAGGUCAUCCUGGUGGCAGGUGACACUGGAUGUGGGAAAUCUACCCAGGUUCCCCGAUACUUGCUCGACGAAGGAUAUGAAGGCAUCAUAGUAACGCAGCCCCGAAGAUUAGCGGCCAUCGCUCUUGCAUCCCGAGUGAGCUUUGAGACGGGUACGGAGAUGGGGAACCUGGUCGGCUACCAGAUCCGUUUCGAGAGGAAAAUCAGCAAACACACGAAGCUGACUUUCAUGACCGAGGGGCUCCUGCUGCGAUUGCUGUCCACGUCACCCUCGGAAGUCAUGAGUAAACACAAGGUCAUCAUCCUGGAUGAAAUCCACGAACGUCACAUUUCAUGUGAUUUUUUGCUCGGUUUGGUGAAGUGCCUCGUCGCACAAAACGAAGAUCUCAAGGUCAUCCUCAUGAGUGCCACAGCGAAUUUACAACUUUUCUCAAAUUAUUUCGACAACAGUCCCGUGAUCGAGGUUCCAGGGCGUCUCUUUCCUGUGGAGGUUAAUUACAUUGCUCCGGAUCGUGACAAGGACUCGGGACUCUCCAGGAAAAAGUCUAAAAUCGAUCCAGGACCCUUCGUCAAGGUUCUGAGUUUAAUCGAGCAGACUGUGGCGAAAGGAGAGAGGGGAGACGUUCUGAUAUUCCUCAGCGGCGCACAAGAGAUUUCAUGUCUCCAAGAAGAAUUAGAGGGGCGUGAAGGUUGGAUACUCCUGCCCCUGCAUUCCGCAUUACCAAUAAAACAGCAAGAUAGUUUCCUCGCCGCGCCAGAUGGAAUGCGCAAAUGCAUACUCUCCACCAACAUUGCGGAAACUUCCGUGACCAUAGACGGUAUACGCUUCGUCGUAGACUCCGGGAAAGUGAAGGAAAUGACCUAUGACGCUUCGUGCCGAAUGCAUAAGCUCAAGGAGUUCUGGUGCUCGAAAGCCUCGGCGCAACAAAGGAAAGGUCGGGCAGGGAGAACGGGUCCGGGCAAAUGUUUCCGACUGUACAGUGAAAAACAAUUCGAAGAGAUGGACGACUAUAGCGAGCCCGAGGUUCGUCGUGUGCCGCUGCACUCUCUUGUGCUCCAGCUCGUGCAAUUAGGCCUGGCCGAUGUCCGACAGUUCCCCUUCUUAGAAAAACCGGAUAUGGAAAGUCUGGAGCAUUCCAUAUGUACGCUUGUCAGACAGGGAGCUCUAGCAUCAGACGAAAAACUCACGGCCAUGGGGAAAAUCCUCGCCCAACUACCCGUAGAUCUCAGCGUCGGAAAAGUUUUGCUCCUCGGCUGCAUGUUCCGAGAGCUCCUCGAAGCUUCGCUAACUCUGGCAGCUGCUCUCAGUAUACCGAGCGCCCUCUCCCAGCAAAGUUUCCGUGACUUCGAAACAAUACGGCGAAGAAAAGAUCUCGAAGAUGAUCGUGGUGAUCCUUUUAUGAUCGUGCGAGUCUACCACGAAUGGCUGCAAGUAAAACUCGACGACAGAGAGUCUUCUCAAAGAUGGUGCCGGAGGAGGGGCGUUGAGGAGCAGAGACUCUACGAAUUGACAAAACUAAGGGGACAGUUUUUACGGAUCCUGAAGGAAGCGAAGCUUUACGAUAUUCCCGAGGCGUCUAUGUCUUCCUCGGAGAGGGCCAGACGGCAUGGGGAAGUUCACCAUCUGAGAGAUCUCCGCAAGGAAGCUGUGGUGCACGAGAGGAAGAGUCGGAAAAGGAAGCUCAAUGAGGAAUCAAACGUUGACGAUGAAGACGACGAUGCCUUGGACGUGAAAGAUAUCGACUUCAGACUCGCACAAGAUGCCAAGACGAUGCGACGGUUGCUCCGGAAGAGCUCCGAGCUCAGUACCUCGGAGAGGGCUACGCUGCUGUGGAUCUUGACGGCUGGACUGUAUCCUCAAAUUGCUCUGAGCGAUACCCAUAACAGCUACAAGAAAGACGCCGAUCAAUUAUUCCAUACCGACGCCAAAGGUUUCGUCACCCUGCAUCCGAACUCGGUGCUCGCUCUGAAUCCUGACGUCCUCCGACUCGAUGACCUGGACAUCGAGGCUAUCGAGGGAGGCUUGAGUGUGUCGUCGAAGCAUCAGAUGCUGGCGUAUAUGUCCCUCCUCGAGACAACAAAACCCUAUCUCGUAAAUUGCGUCAGACUGCCUACUCUCCAGUACAUUCUGCUCCUGGCGGGAGAGAUACACGUUUCCUCCUGUCUGAAGAGGAUGGCUUUCGACUCCAUGGUGGAAGUUCGAAUCUUCGAAUCUCCCGAGACUUGUCAGCGCCAUGGUCUGCUCCUCCGAGUUCUACUGGCGCGCCUCAUGUUCCAGAGGGUGUUCCAGAGGAUGCUGCAGGAGAGCUCUCAAGAAGCGGCUGAAGGAGAAGGAGGUGUAUCGAGUGAAACACGGCGGUUGUCACGUCGUUUGCUGAAGUAUGUGGGCGAGGUUCUGCUCAAUUUCAAAGAUCUGUGUUAUACACAGAAAAGGUUGCUGCCAGCUGACCUGAAAACGCUCUUCGUGAACGAUCCGCUCAGCAUUUGUGGGUUUCUCCGAUUCGGGAGCCUGGAAUCUCUCGAUGACUCGGAUGUCGGAAAAUCUUCAGCAAGCUCUUCGAUUCCGAAAUUCUCUUGUCCGAUCUGCGAUGAGACUCACGGCACAUUUGUUUCAUGUGCGGCGCACCUGGAAUUCUGUGUCCUCGACGACAAGAGCUCCCAAAAGAUCACAGCGGAGGAAGCUUCGGAGUUGAAUGAAGGAUAUUUCUGUAAAAACUGUCAGAAAGCGAUAGGUAGCGAUGCAACCUUCGAUAUCCUCAGGCACAAUCGAGAAUGUCUAGGGUAAGACUGAGAAUUCCCUCGUCGUCCGUCACUCUAUCGACGUCCCCA